AUGGCAUCAGCUGUAUUCUUUCUCGAUCUGAAGGGCAAGACCCUACUUGCCCGAAACUAUCGAGGUGAUAUUCCCAUGUCAGCUGUCGAGAAGUUCCCUAUACUCCUUAGCGAAGCCGAAGAAGAGUCCUCCGCCGUUCCGCCAUGCUUCUCCCACGAAGGCAUAAACUACUUAUAUAUCCGACAUAACAACCUAUAUCUCCUUGCCCUAACAAAGCGAAACACGAAUGCCGCCGAGAUCCUACUUUUCUUACAUAAAGUCGUCGAAGUCUUCACCGAGUAUUUUAAAGCGCUAGAAGAAGAAUCUAUCCGCGACAACUUCGUCAUUAUAUACGAGUUACUGGACGAGAUGAUGGAUUUCGGUUACCCUCAAACGACAGAGUCCAAGAUUCUCCAGGAGUACAUCACCCAGGAAUCGCAUAAGCUAGAAGUGCAAGCUCGGCCACCUAUUGCCGUCACUAAUGCCGUGUCAUGGCGGUCCGAAGGCAUAAGAUACAGAAAGAACGAAGUGUUUUUGGACGUCGUCGAAAGCUUGAACUUGUUAGUAUCAGCGAAUGGAAACGUAUUAAGGUCGGAGAUUCUCGGCGCGAUCAAGAUGAAGUGUUAUCUAUCCGGAAUGCCAGAGCUGCGACUUGGUUUAAACGACAAGGUCAUGUUCGAAACGACUGGAAGGACAACGCGAGGCAAGGCUAUCGAGAUGGAGGAUGUCAAGUUUCACCAGUGCGUCCGAUUAUCACGCUUCGAGAACGACAGGACCAUCUCUUUCAUCCCUCCGGAUGGCGAGUUUGAGCUGAUGAGCUACCGAUUAAACACACAGGUUAAACCUCUGAUCUGGGUCGAAUGUGUGGUCGAGAGUCACUCAGGAUCCCGAAUCGAGUAUAUGCUAAAAGCAAAGGCGCAAUUUAAGAGGAGGAGUACAGCCAACAAUGUCGAAAUUAUUGUCCCGGUCCCCGACGAUGCUGACUCUCCUCGGUUCCGAACAAAUAUCGGUAGUGUUCACUACGCCCCUGAGCAGAGCGCCAUCGUAUGGAAGAUUAAGCAGUUCGGUGGUGGCAAGGAGUUCCUCAUGCGAGCUGAGCUAGGACUACCUAGCGUGAGAGGUGACGACGAGCACGGAGGAGGAAUGACAGGUGGUUUUGGCGGAAGCAUGGGCGGCGUCAGUGCAGGCAAAGGCGCCAAGAGGCCCAUUCAGGUCAAAUUUGAAAUCCCCUAUUUCACAACUAGCGGUAUUCAAGUGCGUUACUUGAAGAUCACAGAGCCUAAGCUACAAUACCCAUCGUUACCCUGGGUUAGAUAUAUUACUCAGUCAGGGGAUAUCGCUGUGCGGUUACCAGAUGCUGUAUGA